CAUCAUAUCUCUCAGAUCUCAAUUACUGCUCUUAAUUACAAUAAUUAACUCCAUUCUUAGAACGCCAUACUCAAUUAUUUCUUGCUUCUGUCAUUUUAUGUAGCCUUUGGACCCACCAAUACACCCACUCACCCACCUCUUAAACUUUGGUCAGUUUUUUUUUGGCGCCAUGAUUCUUAUAAAUAUCGGUGAUUUUUUCUGAUUAGUCAUAGGUUUUUGAGUGAAAAAAAAAAAAAAAAACCAAGGAAAUUUUGUGUGAAAAUGGCUUCAGAGUCUGCAACUAUCCCUCUUUUGACCCCUUAUCAAAUGGGUAACUUCCAUCUUUCUCAUAGGGUUGUUUUAGCUCCAUUGACCCGACAAAGGUCAUAUGGAAAUGUUCCACAACCACAUGCGAUUUUAUAUUACUCCCAACGGACUUCAAAUGGAGGUUUGCUCAUUUCUGAAGCAACUGGAGUUUCUGACACUGCUCAAGGGUACCCAGAUACGCCUGGUAUAUGGACAAAAGAGCAAGUUGAAGCAUGGAAACCAAUUGUUAACGCUGUGCAUGCAAAAGGCGGUAUAUUUUUCUGUCAAAUAUGGCAUGUUGGACGAGUUUCUAAUGAAGGUUUCCAGCCAAAUGGCCAAGCUCCAAUCUCUUGCACAGAUAAGGCUUUAACACCAACAGUUCGGGCCAAUGGUAUAGAUGUUGCAGAAUUUUCAACCCCAAGGCGAUUAACAACAAAUGAGAUACCUUUAGUUGUGAAUGAUUUCAGACUUGCUGCUAGGAAUGCCAUAGAAGCUGGGUUUGAUGGUGUUGAAAUUCAUGGAGCUCAUGGCUACCUCAUUGAUCAAUUUAUGAAAGACCAAGUUAAUGAUCGAACAGAUCAUUAUGGUGGAUCUUUAGAGAAUCGUUGUAGAUUUGCUCUAGAAAUAGUUGAAGCAGUUGUGAAGGAGAUUGGUGCAAAUAGAGUUGGGAUUCGUAUUUCUCCCUUUGCCAAUUACAUGGAAUCAGGUGACUCAAAUCCGGAAGCUCUAGGCCUUUACAUGGCAGAAUCCCUUAGCAAGCAUGGAAUCCUCUAUUGCCAUGCAGUUGAACCUAGGAUGAUAACUGUUGGUGAGAAGAAGGAAUGUCCUCAUAGUUUACUACCUAUGAGGAAGGCAUUCAAUGGUACUUUCAUUGUUGCUGGUGGUUAUGACAGGGAAGACGGUAAUAAGGCUGUGAUGAAGGGAUAUGCUGAUCUUGUAGCUUAUGGUCGCUUGUUUCUAGCAAAUCCAGAUUUGCCCAGAAGAUUUGAGCUUAAUGCACCUCUGAAUAAGUAUAAUAGAGAAACCUUUUACAUCUCUGAUCCUGUUGUUGGCUACACAGAUUAUCCGUUCCUUGAAGAUGCCAUGUAGCCCAAAUAGCAAAAUCUGCAAUUAUGUCUAUUCUUCAAUCAAUUUGUGGAAGGUACAGUACCUUGUUUGUAGCAGUUAUUGAUUCACAAAGAGCUACAGAAGAUAAUAUGAUGUUGAUGAGAAAUUGUCUGCAAAUGUGCAGCAUCAUGUUGAUCAUAUUUCACCUCUAUGUCCCAUUACAAUAAUAUAAAUAUAUUACAGUGGCAUGGCUAUAGCAGUAAAAUAUACAUUUUGUUCAUUUCUCGGUCAUUUAUAUGAAUGCAGCAGUACAAUAUUUUUAAUUUCAUUCGUA